AUGGCUGGCAAACGACCCGAGAUCGCCGCCGCGGUACUGACCCAAGCGAAGCAAGACGCACUGGAGGCCAUCCGCGCGAGCUGGAAGAUCGCACACGUCUCCGACAUGCUCAGCAAAGAAGCACGGAAGAUCUUCAAGCAAGAACCGCCCAAUGACGACUUCUUCGAGGAACCUACCCUCGCUCUGUUGCAAGAGCUGGCAAAGCGGACCGAGAAUAGGAAGGGCCAGGUUAGAAUAAAGCUGGAGCAUAGAUGGAGCGCGAGAGCGCACCACCGCGCAGAUGGACCGCACAACGCUGGGGAGAUCAGAGUCGGGCGAGUUGACGCUGUCAAGAAUAAACACCUGCGCGCUGAUAUCGAGGAGUUCAUUUGUGAGUUCAAGCCGCGUGGUGAGGACCGGACAGAAGACGGAGACCGUGGUGAGAGGAGUGCAUACACGGAUUCUGGAGUAGCAGAAAAUUCGAUUUUCUCAAAGCCAAAGACACUAACAUCCAGUGCCAGAGGAGGUACAGCAACGAAGCUCAAGCGCGGGAACAGCGUUGAGGUACAGCCUAAAAAACGCCAUACUAUUUCUAAACCCACAAGGACGCCGGUAGCUAAGCCUGAAGAUGACGCUUCCGAACACAACUCACCUGGAGACGACGAGACCGAGGUUGACAAAAGUGACCCUUCGGACGACGAGUUAUCCUCAUCUUCAAGCGACGAUGACGACGAUCCCCGGGUACCUGCUGAUCGAGCGCUUUCUUUCAUAAGACUAGCCUGGCCAUGGUACCAGACUGAAAACGAGCCAUUCGACUUCAGCAUCUUGCCUCAGCAUGCAUACGCUCCUCAAACCGACUACCCCGCCAUACCGUUUCAAUACCAACAAUCGUCCCAAAACGACCCCAACGCUGGUGGAGACAAGGCCAAACGUAAUCCCGGCAAGAAGCGCAGUUCCAAUCGCGCAGAUAUCAGGGCUAAACCACCCCUCCCAAAGCAGAAAUCCGAUCUCAGAAUACCACCAGACCACGCGGUGUUCAUCAUCAAGUCAGCCUGGAGGCUCCCAGUACUCCAGAACUCUUUGACAUCCUCCCAGAACAUUGCUACGACCCCAGCACCCGAUACCUCACCGACCCGUUCGGGAGCAUUCGCGAUCUUCUCUUGGCGAUUCAAGAGCUAG